AUGGCCCACCACCAGCAGCGCUCGUCGAGCUCGUCGGCGCUCGUCGGCCAGUUCAACAGCCUCGCCGGCCAGCUCAUCCAGGCCACUACCAGCCUGCACUCCCAGGCGGCCCGCGAGGACGAGCUGCGGGCCAAGGCCAGGCAGCUCGCAGACGAGAACAGGCAGCUCUGGACACUGGUCAGCAAGAACAAGAACGAACUCAAACUGCUCAGAACCCAGCUCGGUCUCCAGACAACCACCCCAACCACCGACAGCAGCAACAGCAACAACUCAAGCAACAACUUAAACAACUCAAACAACCUAAACAACAGCAUCAACAGCCUAAACAGCAUCAACAGCUCCAAGUUCCGUCUCUCCCUCCACCCCACCAACCCCAAGCAGCCAUCCCCAAAACACUUCCACCGCCACAGCGUCGUCCCCCCAGAACCCAGGCACUUCACCCCCACCACCACCAUGCCCCCGCCCAGAUCACCCUCAGCCUUCUCAGCCGACAUACCCAAACUCACCACCACCACCCCGCACGACGACAGCACCCAGGCCAGCACCCACUCCAGCGAAGCGCCGCCCGAAGAAGACCCCGAGCCACUCCCAGACAGCCUGGCACCCAAACAGCCCCCCGGCCCCGCCCUCAGCCCAACCCACAUCAAGAGCGACCCCGAACGCAAGGGCGCAAAAGCAAGCUGGGUCGUCGACAAGUUCUACUCCGACGUCCUCACCCUCGACCACCUCGUCAAAUCCAAACACUCCAAAACCCAGAACAAGGCCCUCGCCCAGCUCCCCGACCGCGCCCUCUUCAAGGACCAUGCCCCGAGCAAGGUCGAUGCACGCAAAGCUGUCCUCCAAAAAUACCUACAGAGCUUGUGUACCGCUCAACUAAAAGAGAAGGGAGACGUAUGCGACUUCUUCAACUCCAACAUCGUCAUCACCGAGCGCACCAGCGUCCCCAACCGCCCCGGCUUCAUGCAGGGCUAUCUCACCAAGAAGGGCCGCAACUUCGGCGGCUGGCAGACCCGCUUCUACGUCCUCGACGGCCCCAUCCUCGAGUACUUCGACGUCCGCGGCGGCAGCCGUCUCGGCCACAUCGUCAUCACCGGUGCCCAGAUCGGCCGCCAGCAGCCCCGCCCACAGGAGGUCAACGACGACUCGUACCGCCAUGCGUUCCUCAUCCGCAUGCACAAGCGCGAGAAGGAGGGCGAGGUGGACCACAUCCUGUGUGCGGAGACCGACGAGGAGCGCGACGCCUGGGUGGACGCCCUGACCUGCUACGUCACCGGCCGAUACGUCUCCGCCGACCCCAGCGCAGCCCCUCCCUCCCUCUCCGCCGCCCCGUCCCCCGACUCCACCCCCGCCAGGCCCGCCCCCACGCCCACCUCCUACUCCUCCUUCUCCGACACCAACCGGCCCGGCAGACAGACCUCCCUCGACGGCACCUCCAGAGCCGACGCGCCCCCCUCCAUCUCCCACCACCACCACCACUCCUCCUCCUCCGACUUCCGCCCCGACGCCAGCAACUCGACCCACAAGCCCUCACGCGCCGCCCAUCUGCGCUCAGACUCGCUCGCCUCAUCCUCCUUCAACCCCGCCGCCGCCGCCGCCGCCGCCGCCGCCUCCUCCUCCCAUCCAACCGAUAACAAUAACAAUACUAACCCGACCCCGACCAUCCUCGAGGAGCCGCCCUCCCGCAAGAUCUCCUUCGACCAGCAACCCUCCUCUUCCGAGCCCCGGCCUGCCGACACCAGCAGGGCCACUCUCCUCGACGCCCGCAGCCCGCCCAGCUCCCUCGCCGCCCUCGACACCUCCUCCGCCCAGAAGAAGCAGCAGCAGCCCCCGGCGAACAUCCCCACCCCCGCGACCCCCCGCACCGGCCUGCCCCCUCGCCAUCUGCACCAUCCACAAGCCCUCCCAUCCUCGCCCCAACAGACGCCCCAAGAGACGACGACCGGCUCCGACGGCGAGUCCAUCGUCACCUCCGAGCGCCCCACCACGCCCGAGUCGCAGCAACGCCCCAAGAUCUCCGGGCCCAUGAACGGCGCGCCCAUCACCGGCGGGUACCGGAUCAAGCCCGCAGAGGACAAGAAGGCCAAGUUCCGCUCGGCCUUCUGGGGCUUUGCGGGGCGCGCGGGCGGCGAGCGUCCGGGGCCAGCCGGGGGCUCGCAGCCGCUGUCGGCCUCCUCCUCCUCGACGAUCACGACGGGGGCAGCUGGCGGCUCGACGAUGUUUGCGCCGGCGCCGCGGCCGGUGUUUGGGGUGUCGCUGCAGGAGGCCGUGUCGGUGGCCCGGGUGCACGAGCGGCUCGACCUGCCCGCGAUCGUCUUCCGCUGCGUCGAGUUCCUCGAGAACAAGGGCGCGAUCGACGAGGAGGGCAUCUACCGUCUCUCGGGCUCCUCCGUCAUCAUCAAGGGCUACAAGGAACGCUUCAAUACCGAGGGCGACUUCAACCUCCUCGAGCAGGCUAAGGACGAGUACCUCGACGUCCAUGCCGUCGCCGGCCUCCUCAAACAGUUCCUCCGCGAACUCGCCAGCCCCAUCCUCACCCGCGAGCUCCAUGGCGAGUUCCUCAAAGUCAUCGAUCUGUCGCAAAGAAGCGACAAGGUCAACGAGCUCGGAAGGCUGUGCGCCGAGCUCCCGCUGUCCAACUACACCCUGCUCAGGUUCCUCAGCGCCCACCUCAUCCACGUCGUCCAGAACGAGAAGGUCAACAAGAUGUCCCUGCGCAACGUCGGCAUCGUCUUCUCGCCCACCCUCGGCAUGCCCGCGCCCCUCUUCGCCCUGCUCCUCAAGGAGUUCGACCUGAUCUUCAAUAUCGACGGCGACAGCCGCGCGCCCAUCAUGUUGCCCGACGAGGCCUUCGACCCGGCUUCAUCCAUCGGCGGCCCGGGGCCCGCGCCGCCCGGCGCGCUCCUCCCCGCACACACCAAGGCCGCCGACUCGGUCACCGAGCCCUCCCAGAAACGCAUCAGCCGCAACUCCAUGCUGUAUUCGGCAAGCGGCGCAGACAUGUUGAUGGAGCACAACAAGCUCUCCCCGGCUGACAAGAUCGGCGGGACACAUCUCGCCCGCCUCCCGCCCUCCCCCGGCGUCCCCCUCAGCGGCGGGACCCGCAAGAACGCCGCGCGCCCGGGCCAUGCCAAGACCGCUAGCGUCGGCCGGCCCCCCGCGCCCCCCUCCGACAGGCUCGACAUCGUCUCCGCCGCGGGAGCGGCAGGACUCAGGCCCGCCCGCCCCGUGUCCGCCGCCCACCCCCCGCCCCACUUCCUUCACCCCGCCCCCGGCCGUGGACCCUCAGCCCCGCUCCUCCCCGCCCUCGCCCCGUCCGGCUCGGCCGCGGCCGACGAGCGACCGCUCCCGCCGCCCAUCGACGGGCUCAACCCCGCCCUCCCCGACCCUAAGGACCCGAAAGCCGGGCCUGCCGGAGCGUCUGGCCGGCCGCGCACCGCUACUUGA